AUGUCUGCUCAGCAGCAGGAGGAGCCCCUGAGUCACCAGGAGUCAAGACCUCAGCGUGCCUUCCCCUCCUCCCCUGCCAUGGCUCCCGCUCCAUGGAGCCAAUCCGAAGAUGAGGCCUCUAGCAGCCAAGAUGAGGAGGGGCCGAGUACUGGGCAGGACCAGGAAGGUGCCAAGUCCAUGCACCCAGACUCACUGCAUCUGCUGGUGGUGGAGCUGGUACACUUCCUGCUCCUCAAGUAUCACACCAAGGAGCCGACCACGAAGGAUGAGAUCCUGAACAUGGUCCUCAAAGAAGACGGGCACCACUUCCCUGAGGCCUUUCGCCAAGCCUCAGACUGCCUGCAGCUGGUUUUCGGUGUGGAUGUGAGGGAGGUGGACCACACGAAGCACACCUACAUGCUAGUCCCCACCCUGGGCCUCACCUGCAAUGGGAUGGUGAGCGAUGGGCACAGCAUGCCGAAGACCAGCUUCCUGGUGGUGGUUCUAGGCAUGAUCCUUCUGGAGGGCAACUGUGCCCUUGAGGAGGAGAUCUGGGAAACCCUGAACAACAUGGGUGUAUAUGCUGGGAGGGAGCACUACACCUAUGGGGAGCCCAGGAAGCUGCUGACCCAAAUGUGGGUGCAGGAGGGGUACCUGGAGUACCAGAUGGUUCCCCACAGUGACCCUGUUCACUACGAGUUCCUGUGGGGUCCCCGGGCCUAUGCAGAGACCAGCAAGUGGCACGUCCUAGAGCAUCUGCUCAGAAUCAAUCAAGGGGCUUCCAGGUCCUUCCCACUCCCAUCUUCAAAGGCUGCGAGGGAGGAGGAAGUGGGGCCCUGA